AUCUGACAAACGCACAAGUAACUCGACAUGGCAUUCAACGAAAACAUCAACGAACAGGGUUUCACUCCCCACACUAUCGACCCAACACAACAGAUGUUUGAAAGACUAUCCACAAGAUUCCACAUGAUGUUCUAUGAAGCAUUGAAUGAUCCGUCUCAUGCUGAAGAUAAGUUAUCGUUUGAGGAUCGAGACGGUGACGAUGCGGAUCUGGCAAAAGCCGAACAAGAUGCCUGGAGUUAUGUGAGUAACGGAAAGACUGAGGCGGAUUUUGAACUCGAGGAGGGCGGACUCGAUAAUCUAUUAGAACUAGCGCCGCCUUGGCUCAGAGAUGAGAUGAAGGGCACGACACGAAAGAUGCAAUCGUUCAUCACCAGCGGGAAAGUCAGCGUCCCUCCAGAGCUCAUCAUCGACUACACGGCUAUCGUGACUGAAGAAGACUUUGAGGCGUCUGCUGGUACAGCGCAAGCAGCUGUGGAGCAUGCUCUUGAAGCGAGGCGAGAAUGGGCUUUCGGGACGCCAGACGAAAGUGGGGAUGCUGCUUCUGAUGUUUCGGAGAGCGUUUCGGAUUCGGAAAGUGGUGAGGAGGAUGAUGAAGACGAGAUUGUGGGAACGCCAUGAUCGGUCUGCGGACAUCGAUUGUAGUUGUGAAUGAAGCAGGAUUUUCAACAAAGAUUCUCAAUGCA